AUGCCGCAAAGGAAAGAGAUGACCACAGAAAUGGGGAAUGGGACAAUGGUCCAAGAAUUCACCUUGGAGGGGUUUCCUGCUGUCCAGCACGUGGGAAAGGUCCUCUUCAUGGUGCACCUGCUGGCGUACCUGGCUUCCCUCACAGGCAAUGUGGUCGUAGUCACCAUCACCUGUGCGGACUCCCGGCUCCAGACACCUAUGUACUUUUUCCUCAGCAUCUUCUCAUUCACUGAGUGUUGUGUCACAAGUUCUGUUAUUCCUAAGUUGCUGGUCAUCUUUCUUUUAGGCCCGCAAACGAUUUCCUUUCCUGCCUGUUUCAUACAAGCUUUUGUCUUCUUAUUUCUGGGAGCAGCAGGUUUCCUCCUCAUGGCAGUGAUGUCUGUGGAUCGGUACGUGGCCAUUUGCAAGCCUCUGCAUUACCCGACCAUCAUGAACCUGAGGACUAGCCUCCUCCUGGUCACUGCCUGCAUUGCUUUGGGAUUGACCCUCAUCACUGGUCUGGUGGUGAAGGUUUCCCAGUUAUCCUUCUGUAGUCCCCAUGUCAUCCCUCACUUCUUCUGUGAUCUUGGCCCCCUGAUCCAUCUCUCCUGUUCUGACACCACAUCUGUUGAAACCUUGACUUUUGUCCUCGCUUUGUGUAUCCUUUUGACAUCCCUCAUCAUAACCAUCAUUGCGUACAGCAACAUAGUAGUCACCAUCAUCUGCCUCCCAUCAGCCAAGGAGCGACGGAAGGCUUUCUCCACCUGCUCCUCUCACCUCAUUGUCCUCUCUCUGAUGUAUGGCAGCUGUGUCUUUAUAUAUGUGAAACCAAAGCAAACAAAUAGGCUGGAAUCUAACAGGGGAGCUGCCCUUGUGACCACAGUGGUGACUCCGCUCCUGAACCCUGUCAUCUACACUCUGCGGAACAAGCAGGUCCACCAGGCUCUGAGAGAGAUGAUGUGCAGAAUCAAAAUAUCAAAAUAA